UCCUUUGCCACGAGGAAUAGAUCGCAGUGUUUCCCUCACCCCCCAGCAGGAAAAUAUUAUCUGGUUGAUGCAGGAUAUCCUAUGCAACGGGGAUACCUGAAGCCCUACUCGGACACGAGAUAUCAUCUUCCUGAUUUUGAGCGAGCUAGUGGCACGGUUCGUGGCAGAAAGGAAAUGUUUAAUAAACGCCACUCAUCUUUACGCGGGGUAAUUGAAAGAACAUUUGGAGUUUGGAAGAAGAAGUGGGUCAUCUUACGUGAUAUGCCGUCGUAUCCUUUCCAAAAGCAGGUGUACAUUGUGGUUGCAACAAUGGCACUACAUAACUUCAUCCGAAGACAUUCCUCGCAAUCAGAUACAGACUUCAGUAUGGCUGACAAUGAUGAACUCAAUAUUUUAGAGCAACCAACAGGACAUGUGGGGGGGCAUUCAUUACCUGAGGAGGACAUAGAAUCUAAUGAUUUUGAAGAUCAAGAUGCUGAUAGUUUGGCUGAUAUGAUUGCUUUAAGGGAGUCUAUCACAGAUGCUAUUUGUGGCUAUUGAUCAACCAAGUUUUCUUUUCAUAAGAUUUUAGGUUUAUAUUCAUACCCAUUUAAUUAUGUUUUUUUUUUUAAAUACCUUAAGCUGACAUUUCAUUCUUUUGUUAUUUUCACAGUUAUACCAACAUGACCUCCAGAAUAUCAAGUACAGACAGAGGGAUUUUGUGUUAUUGUGGACUACCGUCUCCGUUGCUAACGUCACGUAAGGAGCAUAGCUUUGGGAGGCAGUUCUAUGGUUGUGCCAGGGGUGUUUCAGCCCGUUGUGGUUUCUUCAGGUGGGCCGAUAGUCCCUCAUAUUACACUGACAGUAGUCAUGCCAGCAGUCAUGUGAAUCCGAUGUUUUUUCCGGCUGACAGUGGAGAUGAGGAC